CCCUUGCAUUUCUUUCUUGCUUUCAAGUGUUGGAAAAGGGAAAACCCUACUCCCUCCUCGUCUCCUCGCAUUAUCUCUGACCGAACCGCCGCCGGCUGAUGGACCGCCACCCACCGCCGUACCGCGGCCUUCUCGCGGGAAGGGAACCCAUGGGUUCAAAAGCGAAAAGACAUAAGCUUUCUAAGGAGCGGAAUGCCAUGCAAUGUGAAGAUAGAAUCAGCAACUUACCAAGCAACCUUAUUGGCCGAAUCCUCUCUCAUCUUCCAACAAAAAUGGCAGUUGCGACUAGCGUCUUAUCAACCAGAUGGAAGCAAUUCUGGACACUAGUCACCAGUCUGGAUUUCGAUGAUAAGUUAAUGCUUCAGCAUCGAACAAGUAACAGAGCUGCACUUCAAAUGAGUUUUGCAAGUUUCAUAUACGGAGUGCUAGAUAGAGUCUCGUGUUUGGAUAAGUUCCGUCUCAAAUGCUGCCAAAGUUAUGAUGUUUCACAUGUGAAUGCAUGGGUUGCUGCUCUCAUAAAAUACCGUAUCGAAGAACUUGAUCUCUCGAUUCCAGUGAAGCACUCUGCUAAUCAUGUGCUGCCUCGGGGCCUUUUUUCUUGUAGAACACUGGUGGUAUUGAAAUUGGGUACUAAGUUUAUGCUUAAUGCACUACAAGAAAAAUGA